UCCAACAUAUUAUGAAAAUAAUAGUUUAUUGCGAAGAUUUAAUAUGAAGAAGCUGUAUAUACUGCAUGUCCUUUUACUUAUAUACACUGGAUUUAGUCUCUCGACGACAAUAUAUUCUAUGGCAUCUUCCAAGUGGCUAGUGGCAAAGAACAACGUUGCCCAUCAGGGAUUGUUUCAUAAAUGCGGAAUUGGGAAUGAGAUCAACUGCACAUUGAACAAUGGAACGAAUUGCGUGGCUUGCAUUGACUCUCAAGAUACAAACGUUACGUGUGUUACUCAUGAAAAAGGAGUCGAUGAAAAAGUUGCGAUCGCAUUUUUAACGCUGACAAUGUUAUUAAGAUUGUGUUCGUUUACUGGACUUAUUCUCGAAGUCUGCAAAAUUUUUGAAAGAGGAAUUUUCAUUUUAGUAUUACUCGAAACUGUUUGUGUGGUAUUUGAUAUUAUCACAGCUGGUGUGUAUUCUGGCUUCAACUCAUCUCCUGGAAUUGAUUCAGAUGCAGACAUUGGAAAAUUAUGUGCUAACUUAGGAGCGCCAGUUUUUCUAAGUUGGGCUAGGCUUGUCGGACUAUUAAUACCUAUCGCCAAGUUGAUUCAUGUAAUUCAUAAAAAAAGCAUUCGUAGUAAAUAAUUAUUAAUUAG